CCAAAGAAUUGGCAAUGGGAGACGAGAAAGAUGCCUAUGACUACCUAUUUAAAAUUGUUCUUAUAGGUGACAGCGCCGUUGGAAAAAGUAAUAUUUUGAGGAGAUUCACGGGAAAUUCUUUUAAUCCAGAGAGUAAAUCCACCAUUGGUGUAGAGUUUGCAACAAAGACCAUCACUGUUGAAGGCAAGAAUGUAAAGGCACAAAUAUGGGACACAGCGGGCCAAGAACGCUUCAGAGCGAUAACUUCUGCAUACUACAGAGGUGCCAUCGGGGCAUUGCUAGUUUACGACGUUACAAGACUUCAGUCGUUUGAAAACAUUAAGAAAUGGCUUUCAGAAUUGAGAAGUUAUGCAGAUAAUGACAUUGUUAUCACCUUGGUGGGAAAUAAAAGGGAUCUCCAAAACUUAAGGAAAGUCUCGAGGGAAGAAGCAGAGAACUUUGCCAAAAUUGAAAAUCUUAACUUUUUUGAAACAUCCGCGCUGGAGGAUGCGAACAUUGAAGAAGCCUUUCAAAAAACCGUGCGAGAUAUACACACUACUGCUUCCACUAAACAUAUAGAAGAACGGCCAAAUUUCCUUGAAAGCCCAUCACUGACCCCAUCCCAAGCAUCUAAGAAACCAUCCUGUUGCUAGUAGGACGAAGCUAGUAAUAAAUUUUAUUGUUCUAAAAAAACU